AGACUUUUAUGUUAUUGUUUGUGAAUUGCUAAUAAUUAAUUCGAACACUAAAUGAAUUAAGUAUAGAAAAAUAGAGGGCGAAUUAUCAGUCUGUUUUGGCAAGACUUCAACAAUAAGUUUUGCUGCCAAACUUAAUAUUACUUGGCAGAGCCUGCCCACGUCACUUUAUUAGUGGUGAGUAGCGAGUAGUGAAGUAGUUGUUACAUCGUUGCGUUAGCACUUGUUAGCCUCACGUUGCAACGGUGUGAGUGGAGCACGUUAUCCACCCCAGAGAGCGCGAGAGGAGAGAGAAUGACAAUAUCUGUUUUCUCAGUUCCGACGCCUCAGUUGUGCAGCUACAAAAACUCGUGGCCAACUCCGACUUACCCUUCUCUUUCUUCUUCUUCUUCGAAUUUAACUGUUACACUGUGCUCUCCUUCUCCUCCAACUUCUGUUAUCGAUGAUGGUACUUCUCCUGUACCAGACGAUAUUCCUCUUGUUGAUCGGUCAGAAUUCGUGAGAGAGCAACUAAUUCGAGGUGUUUUUCACAGCGGUUGUAAGGCAUGUGGAAGAGAAGAAAUAGAGAAAGGAUGCAAUGGUGAAGGAAGGAUUCAGGGUGGAAUUGCAACAGUACCAGGGUUUGGGUGGUGGCCUAUAAAGGCUUACAGGCCAUGUCCUGCAUUUGUGGCAUCGGGUGGUAGGUAUAGGCGGCAAGGACAAAGCAUGGACGAGGUUGUCUCUGGAAGCGGUAAAACAUCUACAAUUGGAACUGCCGGUGACUCGAAGAAAAGCAUUCAUCUCGAAAGUAAGGACAACAUUCACUCUGUUGUAUUUCGCUUCCCGGGAUUCUAAUAUCAAAUUUUGAUUGCUCUUUGAUGAGUACCCCUUUGGUCUGUAACAAAAAGGAAAGUGUGAAGAAAUCUAAUAGGUAAAGGGGUUUGGAGGACUAUUCAACUUUGAGUUGACAAAAGCAAAAGCUACGAGGAAGAGGGGGGUAAAGAAAAAUGUUGGUUAUGUUCUGGUCUGCUACAAAUGGUAAAUUUAUCAAAUAUUGUGUAAGGAUUGUGGAAAUCUAUGUACGUCUUAUAAUGCAUUGGUAAAUAGGGUGAUGUCAUGUAAUCAUGUAUGCAUUGGUAAAUGAUUUCUCCGAAUCACGUUUGCUUUUUCCAUUCAUCUCCGGCAUUCUGCCAUUAGAAUUACCUUAGGCUUGAAUAGGUGAAAGAGGAUUUAACACGGGAGAAAGGAAUAUAAAAAGUUAAUAUCAUAAUUUUGGGUUGUAACAUAAA